AUGUCUUCCACUCAGAGCGCCUACAGGGACGCCGCAGAGGCCCACCAGCAACAUUUGUCGCUGCAGCGGCAGCAACAGAAGCAGCAGCAUGUACAGCCGCAGCAGCAACAGCUGCCGCACGAGCAAGGGCAGCAGCUGCAACAGCUCCAGCAGCUGCAGCAGCUGCAGCAGCUGCUUCAACUGCAGCAGCAAAGCGAAACUGAAUACUCCUCCCUCAAUAACUCGUUACUUUCUACAGCUAAAGAUCUGCUACAGCAGCCGCAGCAGCAGCAGAAACAGCAGCAACAGCAGCACACCCCUGUGGGUACUGCCGGAUCGACCGUGCACGAGUUGCUGCUGCAGCUCCAACCGCAGGGGCAGCAGCAACAGCAACAGCAGCAGCAGCAGCAGCAACUUGGGCAGGCUCGAGACCCUGCUAAAGAAAGCAACAUAAAGAUAUUUAAAAGUGAAGCUACAGUAGGGGCACAGCCAGCAGCAACAAACAUGGCAGCAGCAGCAGCAACAAACAUGGCAGCAGCAGCAGCAACACCUGCUACUGCAGCAAACACAGAAGAACUUGCUGCAGCAAUACUACGAGAGAAGACACUGAGACCACCAACAUACUCAGCAACUCCAGCAGCAGCAGGCUCAUCAGAAGCAGCAGCAGCAGCAGCAGCAGCAACACCGUUAUUAACAACAGCAGCAGGAUCCGCAGCAGCAGCAGACCAGCAAGAGCCGCUGCUGGCACAGCAGCAACAGCAGCAGACAGACGCGCCUUCAUCAGCAAGAGCCGCUGCUGGCACAGCAGCAACAGCAGCAGACAGACGCGCCUUCAUCUGGCACAGCAGCAACAGCAGCAGACAGACGCGCCUUCAUGCAGCAGCAGCUGCUCCGUACGCAUGCGUUGUGUUUUAA